GGGAAGCAUCGGGAUUUUUAGAAAAUGGUAACGUUUUUUCCAGCAACCAACGGUCAGAUGGCAAGCUAAAUCAAGCAAGCAAGAGCUAGAAAUACAGUGAAUAGCGAGUUUUGUUCGUAGCUUCAACAUCCAUCACAGCCAAUUGUUAUUCCACAGACCAAAGUGCUAUUGUGCGGUGCAUUUAGCAAUCGUUUCUAUUUGGCUUGGCUUGGUGCUGAAGCCAUGAAGAAAGAUGAGCGCGUUUGAGGUAACUUGUACGCCACCCCGCCAAGCUGUUGUAGUAAAAAGAACACAAGAAUCUCGUGAACCAACAUUGGUUCUGUUGGGUCCAUUCACUCCGAAAGCUACCGUAGUGUUUGACGGCGUACCUGUGGGAAAAAGCGCUCGCCGCUUCCUUAUCGUGCAAAACACAAACAGAACUUCGGUACAGGUACAACUAUCCAGACUUCCGCAUCCCGAGAGCGGACUGAGUUUCGAGUGGCUCGAGGCCAAUGUAGAGGCAGGCGCAGAGCAAACGUUGGAAUUGGUUUGGAGUCCGACGCAACAGAUUGUGGGAAAAGAAGUGAUCGUGUUGGCCGAUAACAUUGGCAACAGGAAGGACGUGCAGAUUAUACUGAAAGCGGUUGAGUUAAAGCCGGCCAGCCGAAAGCCUGUUGCAAAAUCGUUUGCCGUUCCGAAGAAAUUGAAGCUAAAAUCUCCCUCCCCACCGAAGGUGCGGUUGAAGCGCAACGUUCUGCCCAAGAAGAACAAGUCUUCGCCUGGGAAACAAGGUUGGUCUGUGCCUACGAUUGCGGUAAAUAGCAACAUGGGUGGCAUCGCAUCGAAGGUGACGACGACGAUGCUUGGGUCGAGCAAUGCGGAAAACAGCAUCGACCCAUUGGACAAUUACGGUGCAACCGUACCGAUGACUGCGGACAGAAGCAAAACUGACAAGGAAAACAUAAAUCCGACUAGUCCGCAGCAUGUAAAACCUCACUUAACACCGGUAUCUGGGACGAACAGCUAUUUCACGCACAUAGAGAACUUACCGACCCCGGAAUCUUACAAAGAGAUAGCACGCCGGAGAAUGAUGGACAUUUCCGUGCGCAAGAAUCGGGAAGUUCCUUCUGAACAGAAAGCAAAAUUUGAUCCAAGUUGCUUUUCCACCGUGACUAAACCAAUCGUCAUUGACAAGACGUUUUUAAAACCUUUUAUCGAGAGUCCCACAAUGGUGGUGGGCAGUGACACUGAACUACACGCGAGCGAUAAUCUUCCACGGCAUUUAACAUUCUCACCAGAACCGCAACCUCCGCCACCUGCCAAGGACCAAGAGCACGAACGAGUCAACGGCGCAUCAGGCGGGCUAGUGGUAGCAACCGAAGGGGAUGACGUGGGCAUUAACAAAACGCACACGGUGGCUCACGAUUCAAAUCCGCAUCUGUCGAGCAUAGCGGAAGAAAAUGUGCCCGAACUUGGUGUCACGUUCGAACGUCGCCCGGACUGUCGUGACGGAUCCGUUACGGAUGUAGCGGAGCUGUUGUCUACGCUUCCCAACCAAAAAACGUUUAUCGUAUCAACGGCGGAAGAAUGCUUACGUUUCGGGUCGGCCGAAAACCUCAUCACGAAUAUAUCUACCGUUGCAAAGGACAAUGCGUCACGCUGCUCGCUACCAAAUCUGCUGGACGAGAGCAGUAUGAGUAACAAGAGCAACGGUCUGAGGGAUGAGGAUGAGGCGGACAAGCUCUUCAAGGAGCAUGAAAUUCGCGCCCAGUCGAGUCGCUUCAAUUUGCACGAAGUUGGCCGGUUCAGUGAUGAGAUGGUUCAAACGUCAAGUGGCUGCAAACGCGGCAUUGAAUCGGUUGGCGAUGGAAGGGAGGAAAAGUCCGAAGGAUUCGGGCAUGUAAUUUCUCCACCAAAGCGUCAAUGUCGUCUGACGAGCAGCGAGAGCACGAUUGCUGCCCCAGCUCAGCACCUACCGAAGAUGGAGGAAGCGUCCGUUAGUCAUACGUUCCGCAAACCUAUCGGGUACAAACCGAACGCGCAGGGUCGUGGUAUAACGCUGUCCUCUUCGCGAAGUCUAAACCUCAAAAGACCCGCCAUGCCUACUAGCCAGGCGUUGAAAAGUGCAGAAAAACGCGUGUUUCUGUACGACUCGGAUCGUCACCUCAAGACGCUCAUCAAUCCAGACCCGUUUGCGGCGACAACGACAUGCAAUCCUUUCCUUACCGUCACCAUGUAUCUAGACGAACAUGCGUUUGCGCAGUACGAGCGGCAGAUGAAGAAGUGGCUCAACGCACUGGUCAGCAUACCGGCCGAUUUGGACACCGAGCCCAACAAACCGCUGGACGUGGGCAAGCUGUUCGACGAGGUGAAAUCGAAAGAUCUUACGCUCGCACCCACCAAGGAGCUGAUUUCGUCCAAUUAUUACAAAAACCGACUGAACAGCUUACGGAGUGCCGGAAUCGCACUGUACACGAGUGAAGAGAUAGCGAUUCCGCUGUGCAAGGUGGCGGCACAGAUAGAGAAGCAACUGCUCGCGCUACGUACCGACCGAUGCCUGCAUCUGGAUCUAACGCUGCAGCGAUCCAUUCUAGAGCUGCUGCUGUGCUUCAACCCUCUAUGGCUGCGGCUCGGGCUGGAGGUGGUUUUCGGCGAGCAGAUCGAACUGCAAUCCAACCGAGACAUUGUCGGUCUGAGCACGUUCAUCAUUCAUCGAUUGUUCCGCGACCGGUAUCUGGAGGCGCGCCACUCCAAGGCCUACAAUCUUUCGAAGGCUUACGCGGAGCAUAUGCGGAAGUUUACACUACGCAUGGUCCUGUUUUUACUGUUCUUCCUCGACACGGCCAAACGGCGCAAGCUGAUCAAGCACAACCCUUGCCUGUUCGUGCGUAACGCGCCGUACAAAGAGACGAAGGAGAUUCUGGUGCGGUUUUCCUCCAUGAUGGUGGCCGGAAUCGGUGACAUUACAAAGCACCUGAAGCGAGUAGGCUACACAUUGUCGCACAAGCAAUCGUUUCUGGACGAGUACAAUUACGCGUUCGAGAAUCUGGCCGUAGAUCUGCGGGACGGCGUGCGGCUGACGCGCGUGAUGGAGAUCAUUCUGCUGCGGGAGGAUUUGUCCGCCAGCUUGCGUGUGCCGCCAAUAUCGCGACUGCAAAAAAUACACAACAUUAACCUAGCGCUCGGAGCACUCGAACAGGCCGAAUAUGAGAUUGCGGGCAAUGUCACCGCCAAGGACAUCUGCGACGGACACCGCGAACAGACGAUGUCACUGCUGUGGCAGAUCGUGUACAAGUUCCGGGCACCGAAGUUCAAUGCAGCCGCAAUCACUUUGCAGCGUUGGUGGCGCAUGAACUGGCUAAAGGUAGCGAUCGGACGUCGCAUCGAGGAGAGGCGACGGCUGAGAAGGGAAACUGCCGCCCGCAAAAUUCAGGCAGUGAUCCGUGGAUACUGUGUGCGCGUGUGGUAUGAAGCCUAUCGUUACCAGAAGCUGCGAGCGAUUGUAACGAUCCAACAGUUCACCCGACGCUAUCUGGCGCAGAAACUGGCCGCCCGAAGGUUUGCUGCAAUCGUACGCAUACAGCAGUGGUGGCGCUCGGUGAGAGAAAUGCGGUCUGCCCGCGAACGUUACUUGCUGUGCAAGAAAUCGGCCAUCAUUUUGCAGACGUCGUACCGGCGGUACGCACUUGGCAUGAAGCUGCUCGUGGCAGCAACCGUGAUCGGCAGGAUUCGGACCGAAGCGAAGCAUCGCCAUCUGCAGGCUACAAUAAUUCAGCGUAGCAUCAAAUCGUACGUAAUCCAUCGACGGCUUCAAGCGAUCGUUAACGGUAUGCUAGUGUUCAUACGAAGGAAAUGGUUACAACAUCGAUCGGCAGCAAAGAUACAGGCUUAUCAUCGCAUGCGCAUCGCUCGCAGAGAGUAUCAGCGAGUCCGUUCGGCUACUAUCCUUAUUCAGCGUCGUUGGCGUGAGUGUUUGGAGACGCGGCGACUGAGCGACCGAUUCUUGUUGAUGCGUGCUAGUGCCUUAAAGCUUCAGCGCCAUUAUCGUGGCUGGAUGCAGAUGCGGCACGAUGUACGCGCGUACGAUCGUACACGGCAGCUGAUCUCGCACGUGCAGCAUCGUUGGCGUGCUACGAUAGCGAUGCGAAAGGAAAGAAUGAGCUACAUCAGCGUCCGUCAAGCGGUCAUCAGUGUACAGCGACAUUUUCGAGCACGGAAAGCGAUGAAGCUGGCGGUAGAACGUUUCCAAACGUUACGAACCGCAACUCUAACGUUGCAACGGCGCUACCGUGCCAAUAAAGUGAUGCUGGAACACCGUCAACGAUAUAACGCUUUGCGAGUGGCCACUCUUUGCCUUCAGAGCCGAUUCCGAGCGCAAUUGAGCAUGCGUGCGGCUCGCACAAGCUACGCCAAGGUUCGUGCGGCGAUCAUCACUAUUCAGCGACAUUAUCGUGCCACGAUACAGAUGCGGCAAGAAAGGGAUCAUUUUGUAACGCUUCGCCGAUGCAGCAUCAACGUGCAGUCGCGAUACCGUGCCAUCCUUGCCGGUAGAGCAGCGAGACAGAGUUAUGAAUCGCGGCGCAGUGCAGUCAUCCACAUUCAGCGCAAAUGGCGCGCCACAAUAGAAAUGCGACGAGCGCGUGAUCAGUAUUGCGCACAUCGCGAUGCCGCCAUCGCUUUACAGCGCUCGUGGCGAGGUAUUCUGUUAAAACGAAAAAUAAGAUACAAUUAUUUGCGAUAUCGCGAGGCGGCCACAGUUCUGCAACGACGAUAUCGUGCCCUAGUAAGCGGUCGGUCGGUCCGUCAGGAGCUGGAGCACCGUCGCCGGGCGGUCACCACUAUUCAGCAACGCAUACGGGCGUCUUUGGAAAUGAAACGAGAGCGCCAUCAAUAUCUUCGUCUUCGCCAGGCAGCCAUCACGAUACAGUGCCGUUUCCGUGGUAUGGUGCAGCGUACCCGAUAUGCGGCCCUUAAGCAAAGUGCCAUUGUGCUCUCGCACAGGUGGGCUGCAACGCUGGCAAUGAGACAGCAGCGAUCUGACUUUUUACGGCUUAAAACCGCCACUAUCAUUGUGCAGCGACGAUACCGUGCCCAGAAAGCAAUGCAAGAAACGUUGCAUCACUACCAACACGUCCGUGCAGCGGUCGUGCUGAUACAGCGUAAAUAUCGCGCCCAGCGUGCAAUGGAAAGAUGGCGCGGCCGAUUUUUGAAUCUGAAAAGUGCCUCGAUAGUGGUGCAGGAGUUUUACCGAGGGUACAGAAAGAUGAAGCAUGAUCGGGCAGCCUUCCUGCGGCUACGAGAAUCAGUAAUAGCUGUUCAGCGACGGUUCCGUGGCAAGUUGCUAAUGCGCCAGGCCGUUGCCGAUUAUGAACGCAAGCAGCAGGCAGCGGUUAGCGUGCAGCGCUGGUUCCGAGGACACCGAACGCGCAAAACGUACCAGCGAACACUGCACGCUGCCAGGACCAUUCAGAUUCACUAUCGUGCCUACCGGAAACGACUGAUCGACGAGACGAACUAUCGAAUUUAUCGUAGCGCCGUCAUCGUUGUACAGAGACGGUACCGCGAUAAGCUGCAAACCCGUCACGAGCGGCACCGGUUCGUACAAAUUUGUCGCACAGUGUACGGUUUGCAGGCACGCGCACGUGGAAUGCUUGCCCGUGAUGCGUUCCGGGCGAAACUAACGCCGGAGUACUUGGAAAAGAAACGGCAGGAGAAAGCAGCGCUUCGGAUACAGGCGUGGUGGCGUGGUGCGUACUGUCGAAAGCGGCACCAGACGACGAAGAUGCGUACCAUCGCUCAGCAGAUGGUGGUGAGCCGCCGGGAAGCGAAGCGUGAUCCCACGAACAGGCUCAGCAACAUAAGUCGGCUGUGCAUGCGUUUCCUGCAAACCCGCUUCAGUUCGUCCGAAGCGAUUGGCAUCCUGCAGCGCUUGGAACGCAUGUCCCGACUAGUGCCGCAUCUGCUUGUAGAUGAUGCCGUCUUUCUGUCCGUAUUUUGCUACAACACCAUGGCGCAAGCUAUUCGGUCGGAGGUGGAUAAGAUACUGAUUGAGAUAUGUGCCCGCAUCAUCCUAAACUUGGCACGAUUCCAUGGCACCAAGGAACAAGCUUUUCAGGAGGAUGGUCUCGUAACGGUGUCACAGAUGUUGUUACGCUGGUGUGACAAAGACUGCGGCAUAUUUAGCACACUUUGCACACUGUUGUGGGUAUUGGCGCACGAUAACAAGAAGAAACAUGCCAUACGUCGUUACAUGAUUUCGAAGGACGCCAUAUACAUGUUGCGCGAAACGAAAAAGUUGGUACAGCGAAAGGAAAAGAUGCGCAAGAACGUGCAGCGUCCGGUAGGUUGUCUGGUCGCGCCGAACCCGCAGCUAAUGCGAACAGUACCCGCCCUGGAACCGGACUAUGGCGUUAACCGCACCAAACCGUACGUUUUCUACUCGUCUGUCUUUGGGUUUGAACGGGUGCUGCAGAAGCUGGAAGUGGAUCUUUCCUAAACAAUCGUAUUUUUUUUAAACAUAUUUUACAACAUAACGUGGCAAGGGAUAAAUUAUUCAUGUUUUUGUGCGUGACUGUUACAUUUGUUUUACAACAUGUGUUUUUGUUAGGAAGCAUUAGAACGUUCAUAAUACAUGCUUAACCCAGACAGCUUGUUUGUGGUGCUGGCUAAUUCACAACUUGA